AUGAUGUCCCUGGGUGGGCUGCUGCUCCCUCUGGCAGCCUCCUCUGGCUGGGCAGCUUUCGGCAUGGAGAGAACAAACACAUUGUUGCUGAAGCUGCAUGACUCUGAAAGGGGCAGCUCUUCCAGGGUCAGAGGGCAGGUAGAACGGGGCUCAGGCUGGACUAUGUCCACAGCGCUGGUGGUGAUGCUCACAGGACUGGUAGGUUGGGACUCGAGUAUAACGGAACACACAGGAUUACUGAGCUUAACUUUUCUCCUAGUGGUGCUCCGAGGGUUGCUAGGCCUUCCUUCAGGUCUGGAAGGCUGAACAUCAUGCUGGACCAGGCCGACUGGUCUAACAGGCCGUCUCGUGGGGCCCAGAGGGUUGCUCAGCUUCCCUUCAGGUCUGGAUGGCUGUACAUCAGGUUGGACCAGGCCAACUGGGCUAACAGGCUGUCGAGUGGGGCGUCGAGGGUUGCUAGGCUUCCCUUCAGGUCUGGAUGGCUGUACAUCCGGCUGGCCCAGGCCUAUGGGGCUAACAGGCCGUCUAGCUGGGCGCCGAGGGUUGCUAGGCCUCCCUUCAGGUCUGGAUGGCUGUACAUCCGGCUGGCCCAGGCCUAUGGGGCUAACAGGCCGUCUAGCUGGGCGCCGAGGGUUGCUAGGCCUCCCUUCAGGUCUGGAUGGCUGUACAUCCGGCUGGCCCAGGCCUAUGGGGCUAACAGGCCGUCUAGCUGGGCGCCGAGGGUUGCUAGGCCUCCCUUCAGGUCUGGAUGGCUGUACAUCCGGCUGGCCCAGGCCUGUGGGGCUAACAGGCCGUCUAGCUGGGCGCCGAGGGUUGCUAGGCCUCCCUUCAGGUCUGGAUGGCUGUACAUCCGGCUGGCCCAGGCCUGUGGGGCUAACAGGCCGUCUAGCUGGGCGCCGAGGGUUGCUAGGCCUCACAACAGGUCUAGUGAUGCUGACAGGGAUUCUAGGUGUCAUCAUCUCAUUCUGGUGCAGGCUCUCUGA